GUAGGUCGAGAGAGAGUCGCGUCGAGCGUUUGUUCCGGUCGUUUGCGUACUACUGGCACUGGCACGUCGUCGUCGAAACCGUCGUCCGUCAUUCAUAAAACCCGGGGCCGCGCCACCAUCUGACUUUUCUGCCGCGGUUUUCGCGUGUCCAUACGCGGCCGACAACCGACAACCGACGUUUACGUGUUACCGUUUUCCAGCGUUCCAGGACUGGUCGUCGACUGGGUCCGUCGUUUGUUCCGCUGUCGCACCGUCGAACCCGUUUCACACACGUCCGUUCGAUUUUGGUUUUGCGUUUCCCGUUCGCCCUGUCAUAUUUCACCUUUUAUUUUACUUCAUUUUUUUUUUCUUUGAUUUUUUUUUUUGGUGCAGUUCGGUGGCGGAGUGCUAUAGGCAUUCUGCAAGAAAGACAGAGUCAAAAUUCGCGUCAAAAACAGAGAACCGGUACCCGUUUACGCCAUGGAGAUGGAUCCGCAGGAACGGGAAAGCGAAAUCGGAGAGGAGAGUCCAGUGUCUCACAAUGAGGAAGAUAUUAUAAGUGAAGGUGAAGGUUCACCGAGAGAUCAUGAAGAUCAAGACAGUUGCGACGAUAUGCGUCGACACAGUAUGAUGAAUGAUCACGUGGAUGUUCUCGCUAAGCUGAAGAUGCAAGUGCGUGACAUCAAGGUAGGGGACGACUUCGAGAAUGGUCCCCGCACCUUGAACUACCCGCGGGGCCUCAGCGGCGGGGGCGGCGGCGGCGGUACUGGUGGGGGGCCGGACACCUUCCAGUUGCCGGUGCCGUUCCCGUUCCCACAUCCGGCGGCCGCUUUCCUGCCGCCCAUGGCCCCGCAGGCGGCGGCGCCCUCGAGCGGCAGCUCUCACUCCUCCGAGGGUAGCGCCUCCUCACAACACACCUGGUCCUUCGAGGAGCAAUUCAAACAGGUGCGUCAGCUUUACGAAAUCAACGAUGAUCCAAAAAGGAAGGAGUUCCUAGAUGACUUGUUCUCCUUUAUGCAAAAGAGAGGAACUCCGAUAAACAGGCUUCCGAUAAUGGCAAAGUCCGUGUUGGACUUGUACGAGCUCUACAACUUGGUCAUCGCAAGGGGCGGCCUCGUUGACGUGAUAAACAAGAAACUCUGGCAGGAAAUCAUCAAAGGACUCCAUCUACCCUCAUCCAUUACAUCUGCAGCCUUCACAUUAAGAACUCAAUACAUGAAAUACCUCUAUCCAUACGAAUGCGAAAAACGCCGUCUGAGCACCCCGGCGGAGCUCCAAGCAGCCAUCGACGGCAACAGACGCGAGGGCAGACGCAGCAGCUACGGCCAAUACGAUUCGAUGCAGAGAUCUCCAAAUGCCACACACCAAAUCUCCUCGCCUCUAAGCUUGAUCUCACAUCAGCAGCAGCUAGCCGCCCGCAUGAAUUCGAUGAUUGUCGCCGGUGGCAUGAAUCUACACAACGGCGUCCACCAUCCAACCCAUCCCCAGCCCAUGACACAGCCAUUGAAUGGCGGUCCAGUGUCCUCGUUGGCACCGGGCGAGUUCGAGUCGAGGAUGAUGGAGUACAUGAAACUGUUGAACAAGGAGAUCAGGAGCACGGCCGCCACACCGCCAAGACAGGACAUGUCGCCGCCGAACGCGCCACCGUCUCCAAUCAAUCACUUGGAGUUCUCCAGAAUCAAUCUGUGGAACAUUUACAACAACAAUCAACAGGUCACAGAACCGCAAAAAGUUCCGCUCAAUCUCUCCGAGCCGACACCGAUGAUUAAACGCGAGCCGGAGCACAGGGAAUCGCCGCCGCCGGGCAAAAAGAGAAUGUUUACCAAGGAAGACGAAGAGCCGGAGGAGGAGCCGGAAAUUGAGCAUCCUCCAACUCCGAAGUCCUUGUCACCCACCACUCAUAUCAAAAUCAACAGCAGGGGGGAUUCAAGGAACGGCGACAAUUCCCUCGUGGUGAGCAUGGAGUUGAACGGUGUCACAUAUCAGGGAGUUCUUUUCGCACAAAACGCGUCCAACACCAGAACGCCCGUGAGAUCUUAAAAGCAUCGCGAGAAAUAAUUAAAACUUUACUGUGACAUUCACCCAAGUGAUACAAGAACUCUGAACUUUUAUAUUUAUUUUUUUAAUUUUUACAUUUUGUUCUUUAGCGUGUUUUUUUUUGUGUAUGUCUUGGUGAAUAAGUGUGCACAAAUUUGUUGAUAUAUUUUUUCCGGACACUCCUUUCGACAGUCCGCAUUUUUGCGUAAGCUAGAAGCCAAAGAUGUUAAAUCUCUCUGAGCAACAGGGAUUGCGGUCAAAUUUUAUUUAAAAUAAUUUGACUUCUAGCUUGCUUACAUAAAGCAUUCAUUGUCUAAUGCUUAGAAAUAUUUGUAUGUGAUUUUAAAUUAUAUUUUAUUCAUUGUUUGUAAAUGAUGAAUAGGGUAAGUGUUUGGUUGAGAGAAAUGGCCAGUUUGUAGUAAUACGCAAACUACAUCAAACUAAUUAGUGCUUCUAACUAUUAAAUUUCAUCUAUACUACAUGAAAAUUCAAUUAAUUGGUACAUAAAGUACGUUCAGAUUAUUCGAUGUUAUUCGAACGCUAAAAUUUUUAGUGCCGAGCAGAAGACUAUCUUGUAAAUACUUAUGGCCAAUUUUUAUAUUUCUCGGCUAUUAUCAAAUGAAAUAAACAAUUGAGGGAAGUUUUCUUAAAACAUCUUAAAUAAUAGGGACUCACUUCAAAUGUUUACUCUCAAAUUUUAGGUUUUACGAGCAGUGUAAAAGUUUACGUUCUAUUUUGAUUUGCCACACUGUUUUCAAAUUAAAUUUUAAAAACUGUGUGAUUUCAAUGCAGUCAUAUUAAACUUAAAACAAUACAUAUUGUUUUUAUAUGUUCAUUUGUCUGCAUUGAACAUUAAAAAUAAAUAUUUUUUAUACCAAAUUGUUCUUUUUAUUAAUUUUACUCAAAGUUGUACAUAAUAUAUAUUUAGUAAACAGUAUUCUAAUGUAGUUGUGUGUUAUAAUUUUUUGUAUAUCUGCCAAAAGACUGUUUUAUGUUUUUAAUAUUGAUUUCGACUUAAAAGAGUAAUCGUCUUAAUUUAUUAUUAAGCAAGUUAGCGUAUUUAUAAAGAUUAAAAAACAUACUUGUGUAGCAAUAUUAGUGUUAAGUACAUAUUAGAUGAAAACAAUAUGUAAAAUAUUAUUGUUCCAACGUAGUUUUAGAAAAUAUAAUACAAUCUUUUCCUUGAAUUUUUACGAUUGAUUUUAUUUGAUCUGAUUAUCUCAGGGAUGUGUCGUUAAUAUUCCUGUUUACAAUGUGUUCUCUUUUGGUCAUCUUAAUUUAUAUUUUGUAACAAAAUGGAUAAAUUGUUGAAACACAUGCGCAGAAUUAAUGCUGUACAUAAAUGAAUUAUAUUAUUAAACAUUCUCCUGAUUA